AUGGCUGCUUAUUCUUUUGGAACAUCUCAAUAAAGACCACCUCCUAAAUUAGAAUAAGCUCCUGGAGUAGGGGUAUGAAUUACAUUUUUCUUUAGAACUACAAUCCUGAUCGCUAUCCUCAUUAAAGACCUCCUUCUUGGAAGUACACAUUAAUCAGUUAAAAUUAGAAUUGGAACUGCCAAUAGAACAGAUUAAUAAAUUCAUUAUCAACCUGGACCAGGCUAAUAUGAAUAACUUUAAAAAGCAAUCGUAAAAAUUACAUAUAUUAACUUCAGAAAAGGAAAAAGCCUGAAUUCUCAAUAGGAGCUAAAUUUUAAAAUCACACAGAAAUUGGCAAAGGAAUCACUCGUAAAACUCUAAUUAACUAUUUUAAAGCUGGACCAGGUGCAUACAACCCAGAUUUUAAACCUUUACAAAAGUGUGCUUCCAGUUAUAGUAUGAGAAAUAAACCAUAAUUGGGAGGUAUAGAUGACAAUUUACGCGAACUAAAAAAUGGUCCUGGUCCUGCUGCAUAUGAAACUAACUAUUCCACUAUUAUAAGUAGACCAGCUUCCAGAAUUGGAAAUCAAUCUAGAGGAGGCUUUUAUGACACUAAACCCUAUAUCCCUGGAGUUGGUAAGUAUAAUGUGCGUCCUGCAACUUCAGGACCAUAUCAUAGAUUUGGAAAUGCUUUAAGAGAUUCUACUUUCAUUGAAAGAGUAUAAACUCCAGGACCAGGAUAAUAUAUGCAUUAAUCUCAUCUUAAUCUCAAAACAACUACUAUCAGUACUAAAAGAAUGCCUACUGCUACUGAUACUGCUCCUGGUCCUGGACAUUAUGAUCCUUCAACAGAUUUCACAAAGCGUUCCAUUCCAGGUGGAAGAGUAGGAACUGCUAAAUAAAGAUAAGUCUUUGAUGCACAUUACACUCCAGGACCUGGACAUUAUCAAUCAUAAAGUGCAACAAAGAGAAGACCUCCAAGUUAUAAAAUUGGAUCAGAGUAAAGAAAGCUUGUAAAUUAACAAGAAGUCCCAGGUCCUGGAUCCUAUGAUAUUAGCAGAGAUGGAGGAAGCAAAGGCUAUACUCUAAGACCAAAAUACACUGAUAGAUUGCCUGAUGGAAUACCGGGUCCUUUAGAUUACUAUCCUAAUGUUUCAUAAACCAAAUCAAGACCUUUAUCUUGUAGAGUUGGCACUGAAACUAGAGAAAAAAAUAAAAUAAAUGAUAAUCCUGCUCCAAAUCAUUAUCAACUUAAUUAAACUAAUCCAGGACCUAAAUUCCCGUAUUUUUGCUAAGUAUUAUUUUUAUAGAUUCGGAUCGGAAUCAAGAGUAACUGAUAGAAAUGAUGCUGGACCAGGACCUGGAACAUAUAAUAUUCCACCUUAUUUUGCAAAUGUACCUAAUUAUCUAAUCCCAAAUAAAAGCCAUUUAGAUUUGUGA